CCUCCUCUACCGGGCCUCCCGGCUCAUCUCGAUUCAUCACCUUGGGGCUUGUGCUUGCCUUUUCUAUAUAUCUCGCACAGUUCUUCCGUCGAUACCGUCGGGUCCUCGCUUGUCUCUCCCAUCAGCUGUGCUCACCACGACGAUUAUACUCGCCCUCGUAGUGCUGCUCCUGGCCCGCUGUUUCAAUAUCUACCUUUUCUUUGCCGCUGGUCGCAUCCUCCGCUGGUCGUCUUUUGUAUUAUACACUAAAUAACCCCCCACCACACACACACAUCCUAUCGCUAUCUUUUUGUCUCUCAUUAUCUAUCUUAUCUCAUCCCAAGUAAUACGCCCACCUCGGCCCAACACUUUCACAAUGGUCAACUACCGCUUCGUUGCCAUGGCCGGAAUGGCCGGCAUGGUCGCAGCUCUGCCCCUUAAUAUCAACCUUGGCGCCUACUCUCCCGCUCUGGUAGUCGGUGAUGGUGAAAUUAGUUUCGGAGGAAAGGCAGAUGUAUCGAACCUCAUGAACGCCCUCGAGGGCGCUGCAGUAAACGCUGCCAGCGGAGCUGCCGGCGGAGCAGCUGGCCGCCCAGCCACGCAGGCACCAGUCACCGCACAGCCUGCCCAGCCUGCCCCCGCUGCCGCCGCCGCUCAGCCCGCAGCUCCGGCUGCCCCUGCCGCCGACCCCGCUCUCCAGGAGCAGGCUCAGCAAAUCGCCGCUCUCCAGGGUAUGGGCAAGUCAAUCGCUCCUCGCGCCGAAGACGACGAGGCCGAAGAGGAGGAGGUCGAGCAGGAUGCCGAGGAGUCUUCCGACAUCUCCAAGCGUGACAUUACCGGCUUUGACCGUGCCCUGCGCUUCGCCGAGGCCGCCCUGACCAAGGGUCCCAAGAUCCAGCUCGGCACCGGUGCCGAAGGUUCGGGAGUCGGUAUCAUCGUUGACAACAACCAGGUGGCCGCUGCCCGCCCCGGCAAGGGCGAGGCUGAGAAGGCUGAGAAGGCUCCUCCCGCCCGCGAGGGCGGCAAGGCCAAGGUCCGGCGCGAUGUUGUUGGAAGCGGCCAGAGGGUCAAGGUCACCACCAUGUUCGUUCGGUCUGGCAUCCCGGCCUCCAUGCAGAACUCUCCUGAGCUGGCCCGCCGCGCCGUCCCCGUCGCUGCCGUCUCUGCCCCGAAGUUCUCCUCUAGGAGUGACGCUCUCGAUGCCGUCAACCUGAACGUUGACGGCGACAAGGGGCUUACCAUGACGUUUGUCGAGACUGUCGACGACGAAUGAGAGGCCUACCGGGAAGGGCUAUUUCGGCUGGGGGCCUCUGCAGCGCAAGAGGCUCCCUGUUGUCAUAUGGGGGACAUAAAAAAAAAAAAUCAAAACCCCCACCCCAGCGUUCCCAUGGGUGAAAUGCGCCCGCCGCGCCACCUUAUGCCUUCGUCCACGAUACACCGACGAGGAGAUUUGCGGCUUCAGGGCGCUUUCGCUCGACCCAGAACCCGUCACGCUCACACGAAUAAUGUUGGGCUGACGAGGUGGAAAGAUCCGUGGGAAUGGAUGGGUGGUCAGCGGGUCUCGACACCAGUAAUGUACAAAUAGAAGGCGUGGCGUAAUGACUUUUGAGGGUUUUAUCUGGGGGUUCUCCUGCUUUGCUUUUAUUCUGUCACGCUUCUCCCUUUGGUCCCGGUUGCUUGUUUUACACCAGCGGAGGAGCAUUUUUUCAAUACGGGCUUUAAAAAGAACAUUUGGGAUACCGA